GUCGCGCAAUCAGGCAGCGCGUGCUACCUGCCGCCGCGUUUGCAAAGCUAUCGAUUAAAACCGCUACGCAAACGCGACGCAUUCGCCUGGAACUCGGCAACCGCACGAGCAUCACUUGUGGCUGCCUCCGCCAAUAGCCCACUCACUGCUCCGGCGGCGACAGGGCGACAGGGCAAGCGCUGCACGGUGUACGCGCGGUCUAUACUCCCGCGGGCGCACGCGAACAGCUGGCUGAGGCACGAGCAUAAAGCGGUCAAAAAUGGACCCGCCCGCCGUCGUCAUCGAUGCAGGCACCUACGAAGUGCGAGCGGGAUUGGCAGGAGACGACGCGCCGCGGUACAGGGCCCCGAACUGCACCGCGCGGCCCAAGCAGCAGCUCCAGGUGCUUGUGGCGGACGAGAUUUACACAAUCAAGAACCACGCUCAAUUAGAGUUUUCAAGACCCUUGGAGCGGGGCGUGCUGGUGCACGCGGGCGCCCAGCGAGACGUCUUCGAACGGUGCUUCUCGAAGGUGCAAUGUACACCUCGAGACUCCCGAAUAGUGGUCACGGAGUGCGCCGUGAACCCUCCGUCCGCGAGAAAGGCCUGCGACGAGAUUUUGUUCGAGGACUUUGGGUUUCUGGGGCGGAUGCGUUUGCCAUCAGCGGUCUGUGCCGCGGCCAAGUCCAAGGAAAUUUUGGAAGACAGAGAAAGGCACCUCGCGACGCAGCACGGCGGCAAGCCUGCCGAGAAGCGUUUACCCUAUAACCACGACUGCGUGCUCAUCUGCGACAUGGGCCACAGCGCGUCGACGGCCACACCAGUUUUGUCUGGCGGCGCGCACGACUACGCGGUGCGGCGAUCCGACGUGGGAGGGCAAUUAGUGACGGGCUACCUACGCGACUUGAUUUCCUACCGCCAGAUGGAGGUGUUUGACGAAACGGCCACCAUCGACAAGCUCAAACGAGAUUUAUGUUACGUGGCCCAGGACUUCGAUAGUGAACUAGCAAAGUGCGACGGCACGACGAAGGAGCACGGCACGGCGUCGGACGUCUACGCGGAGUUCGUGCUCCCGGACUAUCAUACCAUAGACGCGGGCUACGCGCGCCUGGAUACGCGGCAUCCCGCAUAUAACCCUGAAGAAAGACGACGUAGGACGCGGCCCGAUACAUCUCCGCAAUUUCUGAGGGUGGAGUCGGAACGGUUCUGCGGGCCGGAGUUGCAUUUCUCCCCGCAGGACAUCGGUCUAAAGCAGUGCGGCUUAACUGAACUCGUCGCGGAUUCCAUCCUCAAGUGUCCGCACGCGAUGCGGCCAAAUCUAUCGGCCCAAGUCAUGCUUGUGGGCGGCGGCGCGCGCUGUCCCGGGUUGCGGGAGCGGCUGCAGCGCGAGCUCCGGCCGUUGAUGUUGGAACCGUACGACGUCGAGGUCGUCGCGCCGCGCGAGCCCGAGCUGACGGUCUUCCAGGGCGCGGCGAUGCUCGCGCGGGACAACGAGGGUCAGUACCUGUCGAAGCUUGACUGGGAGGAGUACGGCGCGGACCGGUGCCUCGUUGGCUUUGGCCGGCCCGAGAACGGGUCCUCAUACGACGCGAUGGACGUCGGCUGAGCUUUCUAACCUUAUCUUAAUGUUA